AUGGAGGAAGAAGGAGUCUUGAGUAGCAAAAGAAAGUUGCAUUUAGACCAGGAUGAGUUCUUGGAUGAUGAAGGGGAUUUUUGUAGUGAUGAUGGUUUUGAGGAAUAUGAUGGGGCAAGUGAUAGUGAUGAAGAAGUAGUUCGAGAUGAUGCGGAAUUAGGUGAUGCGGAAUUAGGUGAUGCGGAAUUAGGUGAUGCGGUAGAAGGUGAUGAUAGUGGGGAGGAGGAUGACUUGGUUGAUGAUGAUUUUGAUGAAUCACAUGAUGCCGGAGAUGAAAUAGAUGAGGAAAUAUUUAUUGAAAAUGAUGAUGACCUGAAUGAUGAUAAGUCAGAAGAUGUUUUUGUUGAUGAAGAAGAUAUUGUGGACGUAGGAAACACUUAUGGUAAGGAGAAUCUAAUAACUGGCGGGGGUGAUGGGGAUGAUGGUAGGUUUGGGGCUGAUGUAGGGGGGAACCAUAAGGAUGUUUAUACGACUCCUACGAAGAGGACAACUGGUCCUGUUAUUGCAAGCCCUGCUGUUGGAAUGACAUUUGACAAUUGGGAAGGUUUGAACGAAUAUUACCGUUCCUAUGGGGAGCAGCAAGGUUUUGGUGUGGUCUGUAUGGGAGGGAAUAGGAGCCAGGGUAAAGACAAUGAAACAGGGAAAUCAAAUUCCCUCAGGACCUAUGUAUGGAGGUGCGAGUGUCACGGAAGGCCAAAGUACCGGCGUAGGGUUAAUGGGAAGACAGUCACCUGUGUUCAGGAACCAAUUGUUAAGAGGAAGACGAAGAAGUGUGGUUGCCCUAUUAUGUUGUACGGUGCUCGUAAUGGGAACUUUUGGGUUGUGAAGACUGUUGUGAAUGAACACGUUAACCAUGUUCCUACGCCUACCAAGUCAACACAUAUUUCGAUGUUUCGGGUGAGGAGAAUAACACAGACAAUCCUGAAACAGAUGGAAAACGAUCACGAUUCAGGGGCCCCUAUUGCACAUAUUUUCAACAACUUAGCGGGCAGAAGGAAUGGGGUAGAGAAUAUAGGUUUCACCAAGAAAGAUAUGCACAAUAUUUUAAAUAAGAGGAUGCGACUAAGGCUUAGAGAUGGGGAUGCUGUUGCAAUGAUAAAUUACUUAGAUAAAAUGACCAAGGACAACCAAAAUUUUUUCCAUCUUCACCGGCUUGAUAAAACAGGGAAGUUGAAGGACGUAAUGUGCGUUGAUGCUCGAAGCAGAGCUGCCUAUCAGUAUUUUGGGGAUGUUGUAUGUUUUGACUCUACGUAUUUAACAAAUAAGUACGAGUUGCCAUUUUCGAAUUUUGUAGGGGUUAAUCACCAUGGUCAAACUAUAUUGCUUGGUUGGGGAUUAGUUUCCCAUGAAGAUGCGGAAACAUUUGUGUGGCUCUUCAGGUCAUGGUUGUCGUGUAUGGGGGGAAAACCUCCAGCUGCAAUGAUGACUGACCAAGAUGCAGCUAUGAGGAAGGCAAUUCGAAUAGCAAUGCCAAUGCCUAAAACCAGACAUCGUUGGUGUAUGUGGCAUAUUAUGCAGAAGUUUAGCCGCAAAUUGGGAUCGUUGACUGAUUUUCCCCAAAUCAAAGUUGCCUUACAGAAUGUCAUAUACAAUAGUUUGACCCCCGAAGAAUUCGAGGAGGACUGGCUGGAGUUGUCAAAACUUUUAAGCUUGAGGAGGCCAAGAAAAGCUAUAAGUGGCUUAACGGUGUGCAAUGAUUUCGCAAAAGUUAUAUAUGUUGUCUAA